AUGAUUAUGACCGUUAAAUCUGCUAGCAGUAAGAGAUUUUUUUCCGCUACCACCUUGAAGAGCCAGAAACCUCGUCAUUUGGUGAAUAUGAUACAAUUGAACAACGAGGAGUUGGCUUCUUUGGUGAAUAAGGCUGCUGGAUUCAAAAAAAUCGUCAGAUCUGGCGAAACAUCACCAGUAAACCAUCAGAAGCUCUUGGGGAAAUUGGUCGCCCUUUUGUUUUCCAAGAGAUCUACCAGAACCAGAAUCUCUACCGAAGGUGCUGCAGCCUUCUUUGGAGCGCAACCUAUGUUUUUAGGUAAGGAUGACAUCCAAUUGGGAGUUAACGAAUCGAUGUAUGACACCACAAAAGUGAUCAGUUCCAUGACUUCGUGUAUCUUUGCCAGAGUCAACAGACACCAGGACAUUCUUGACUUGUGUAAGGACUCCUCUGUUCCUAUUAUCAACUCGUUGUGUGACAUGUACCAUCCAUUGCAAGCCAUUACUGACAUUCUUACUAUUAAAGAAGCCUUUGGCAAGACUCAGGGCUUGAAGCUUGCCUGGAUCGGAGAUUCCAACAAUGUGAUUAAUGAUUUGGCAAUUGCAUCGUUGAGACUGGGCAUUGAUGUUUCUGUUUCAAUUCCACAAGGUGUCGAGUUCGAUACUGAAGUCGGCAAUAAGGCUCACGAAAUAGCUAAGGAACAAAAUUUGCUGUUUGAAGUUGUCCACGACCCUGCCGUAGCCUUGAAGAACGCCGAUGUCAUAGUCACUGAUACCUGGAUUUCCAUGGGACAAGAAGAAGAAAAGAUCGAGAAGUUGAAGCAGUUUGCUGGUUACCAGAUCACCCCAGAGAUGAUUGCAAACGGUCAAGCCAACAGCAACUGGAAGUUCAUGCAUUGUUUGCCCAGACAUCAGGAAGAAGUAAACGACGAUGUUUUCUAUAGCGACCGUUCUCUUGUGUUUGAAGAAGCUGAAAACAGAUUGUAUGCUGCAAUGGCUGUGAUCGAAGCAUUUGUCGUGAACAAGGGAGAUUUAUUGAAGUAA